CCCGUGCGCCGCCGACUCACUUCCGGAACUCGCGGACAACAUGGCGGCGUCCGAGGAGCACGAUCCCGCGAGUGAAGAGCCCCAGCCGGCUGUCGGGGAGGAGGAAACUAAAACAUUUAAAGACCUGGGUGUGACCGAUGUGUUGUGUGAAGCCUGUGACCAGUUGGGAUGGACAAAGCCCACCAAGAUCCAGAUUGAAGCUAUUCCUUUGGCUUUACAAGGGCGUGAUAUCAUUGGAUUGGCAGAAACGGGUUCUGGAAAGACAGCGGCCUUCGCUCUGCCCAUUCUGAAUGCUCUGCUGGAGACACCCCAGCGUCUGUUUGCUUUGGUUCUCACGCCCACCCGGGAGCUGGCCUUUCAGAUCUCAGAGCAGUUUGAAGCCCUGGGGUCUUCUAUUGGAGUGCAGUGUGCUGUGAUUGUAGGUGGCAUUGAUUCAAUGUCCCAAUCUCUGGCCCUGGCGAAAAAACCACAUAUAGUAAUAGCAACUCCCGGUCGACUAAUUGACCAUUUGGAAAAUACAAAAGGUUUCAACUUAAGAGCGCUCAAAUACUUGGUCAUGGAUGAAGCAGACCGAAUACUGAAUAUGGACUUUGAGACAGAGGUUGACAAGAUCCUUAAAGUGAUUCCCCGAGAUCGGAAAACAUUUCUCUUCUCUGCCACCAUGACUAAGAAGGUGCAAAAGCUUCAACGAGCAGCUCUGAAGAAUCCUGUGAAAUGUGCUGUUUCCUCCAAAUACCAGACUGUUGAGAAGUUACAGCAAUAUUACCUUUUUAUUCCCUCUAAAUUCAAGGAUACAUAUCUGGUUUAUAUUCUGAAUGAAUUGGCUGGAAACUCCUUUAUGAUAUUCUGUAGCACCUGUAACAAUACUCAGCGAACAGCUCUGCUGCUCAGAAAUCUUGGAUUCACUGCCAUCCCCCUCCAUGGACAGAUGAGCCAGAGCAAACGCCUAGGAUCCCUUAAUAAGUUCAAAGCAAAGGCUCGUUCCAUUCUUCUAGCAACUGAUGUUGCCAGCCGAGGUCUGGACAUACCUCAUGUGGAUGUAGUUGUCAACUUUGACAUUCCCACCCAUUCCAAGGAUUACAUUCAUCGAGUGGGUCGAACAGCUCGAGCUGGGCGCUCUGGAAAGUCUAUUACCUUUGUCACCCAGUAUGAUGUGGAACUCUUCCAGCGCAUAGAGCACUUAAUUGGGAAGAAAUUGCCUGUGUUCCCCACACAGGAUGAUGAGGUCAUGAUGCUGACAGAACGAGUGGCUGAAGCCCAAAGGUUUGCCCGGAUGGAGUUGAGAGAGCAUGGAGAAAAGAAGAAACGCCCGCGGGAGGAUGCAGGGGACAACGACGACACAGAGGGUGCUAUUGGUGUCAGGAACAAGGUGGCAGGAGGAAAAAUGAAGAAACGGAAAGGCCGUUAAUCUCUCUGCUGUGAAAGACUUUUCUGUUCUGUAGAAGGGAGUUGAAGAAGAGAGUGGAACCUCCUCUGGUAGAGCUCCUCAGACUGAAAUCUGUCAGAAUUAGAUCCAGAAUUUGCUCAGCUAAUUCAGUGCUCGUUCCCCUUUCUGUGCAGUGGAGCCUCAUUGUUGCAGAGUGCCUUCCACAGUGCUGAGGUCAGGACUGUUACUCUUCUCCAGCCAUGCCUCCGUGCUCCUGGCCUGAGUAGGAUGUGUUCUUCUGUCGCUUCACACAGACCUUUGGCUUUUUCAGCUGCGAGUCAAGGACUAGCUAAAUGAGGCACUUGACCUGUAACUGUAAAGGAAGGAAGUUCUGCAUCUAUAAACCAUGACACUUGAGCAGUCUCAGCUUGUGCAUCAUUAGCCCUAAUGUGAAAUAAUAAAUUUGAAUGUUACUUUUUAAA